AUGGCCUAUAUGGCUGAAAAAUGGUUUGCUAAACAAUUGAUUCAACUGCUUGUUCUUUUCGGUUGUACUAUUCUUGUUCUUGCUGACCGAGGAAAUUAUACAAUCUCAGGUCUAGGUAAAAGAAAACAAGAGAUCCUUGAUGCUGGUGAAACUAAUACUUUGACUGCCGACUAUACGUAUGGCGAUGGCAAAUCUUCUGAUUCUGCCAACUUUGGCAUUUUUAAGCAAAACUGGUUCAUGCUUCGUACUUCUACUUUGCUAUUUAAGAGGUACACUACUGCUCAAUACAAUGAUGGUGCUAUCUUGAACACGAAUUUGACCCAAGAUAUCAAGACUAGACAUGAAUCUGAAAGCUACUAUGGUACGGAUGUAUGGUUUGCUGGUCACCGUAAUGGUGAAUCUAGUGUGAAUGAUCCUGAUACGCAAGAUAUUGCAAACUAUAGAGCGGGCGUUGCUUGGAUCCAUGAUCAACUUGCGAAAGAUGAGAAAUACCUAACGGACAAUACUCGUUUUUGGUACAGUGUUGUACCCAUUUAA